AUGCCACGUACAACUCUUUUAUCACAAAAUAAUAGUUGUUCUUCAUCUUCUUCAUCUUCAGCUUCAUCAUUAGAUAUUAAUAAUCAUAUAAUGGAUAGAAAGGAAUCGAUUCAAGUAUUGACAAUUGUUAGUAAUAUAGAUGCACUACCAUUUAGAAAUUGUAGAAUAUCACAAGCAUCACAGAUACUGUCAUGUGCAUCAAAGGUACAUGUUCAACCUGGUACACUCAUCAGAAUCGAUCAAUCAAAUGAUUUAUACUUUAUAUUGGAUGGUUCAUUGAGUAAUCACAAUGAUGGCGACGAUGAUAGUGGUAACAACGACGAAGACCAAAAAGUUUGUAGUAGCAGUGACGAUGAAACUGAUGACAAUGGAGACAUUAAUGAUGUCAUCAAAGGUGGUGAAAAGAGUGAUCAAGAUGUUCACCUUGGAAAGAGAAAGAGAUCAGACGAUGAUGAUGGUGGCGACUGUGACAACAAUCAGGAUGAUGAUUUAUCAGAGACUUUAUUAAAGUCAGAUGAUCAUUGUCAAGUCGAGACUCACAGCAGCAGCAGCAACAAACAGUCAAACUACAAAAAAGGAAAGAAUCAAACAAGUUUGUCAUUUUCGACGACGACAACAACAACAACAAUCGACAAGACUAGUCAUCAAACACCAUUAUCAUGUCUUAAAUAUUCGUCUGGUGAUUAUCUAACUUGUCAACACAACUCUAAUCAUUGUUUUAUUGCUGACACACCUGUUGAAUUGAUUAAAUUUAGAGGUGUUUUGGCUAUUUUCAAAGAUUGGGAUUAA